CAACGAUAUUCUAACGUUACUUUCGAGGGGAGUUAGCCAUUUUACUUGACGAAUUUAAGUGUUUUAUUUUCAUCGAACAAUGUUUAAAUUUAUAUGUUGGAUACUCUUUUUAAGUACUUUACUUCUAGCAAUUAAAAAAAUUAAUUCAGAAAAUGUAAAGAACGAUACUUUAAUUAACUAUUACAAGAAAUUAAGAAGCGAUUUACAAUUGAAUUAUGAUGUACGAGCACGUCCUGUGAAGUAUCAUUCGAACGUCACGCAAGUGCAAGUUGAUAUAUUUCUUGUAUAUGUUUUCGACGUGAACGAAGAAAAACAGACCGCGUUAAUUGAUGUUGCUAUUGGUUUGAUAUGGACUGAUUCCUUUUUAACUUGGGAUCCAAGCAAGUAUAAUGGCAUAACAAAACUCGAUAUUCUUCCAAAUGAAAUAUGGAAACCCGACAUUUUCGAAAUGAGAAGCGGAGAUCCAAAUAGUGCGCUUACAGAAAGUAAAAUUGCUGUAAGAUUAUAUCCAAAUGGGGUUAUUGUUUGGUACAUACCAACAUCCUUAACUGGAAGAUGUACAUUCAAAUACAAUAAUUAUCCUACUGAUACUGCAACUUGUGAAAUUAUACUUGAAAAUUUUGUCUCACGAGGAAAUGCUGUAGAUAUUUUAGUUCCGUUUGAUAAACCAUAUACGGAUUUUUUACGCAACGAUAACCCUUAUUGGAAUAUUGAAGAUAGUAAGUUGAAACGAAGAGCAUAUAAUCACUCGAAUUCAUUUUAUCCCUCAGCAAUAUUGACCUUAUCACUUAGUAGAAGACAACCCACUAUUCAGCAACAGUUACUAUGGAUAAUUUCAGUUAUCUCCAGUCUAUUAACAUUUUGUAUGCUUUGGAUACCGACGGAUGUCAGACAGAAGUUAACAAUAGGCUGUGUCGUAUUGGUGAUUUUAAGUGUUGGUCUAGUUGCAGUCGAAUCAUCUGUUCGAGUGUUUAAAGUGUCAAUUUUUAUAGCAAAUAUUAUCGACACCACCAUGUAUGUCGUCGUAACAACCGUUAUUCUUGAAAUAAUCAUCAUCAGUUUGCAACAUGUCGAAGAUUUCGAUCCUCCUGAAUUUAUUCUGAAGAUUUUUUCGGGGAAAGUAUCAAGAUUUCUGCUUAUUAAUCAUAUUUUUCUAGAAGAAAAGAAUAUAGAUACAAUAAAUCUAUAUGAAAAUCAAGAUGAAAUAUUUUAUUCUCAAAAAAUAUCCAAAAAUGAUAAUUGGAAAAUUUUUGGUCAGAUAAUUGAUAGAAUGCUUUUCUUUAUUUACUUGAUAAUUCUUUGCGUUAUCCAUAUAAAUUGACGAAGAACUAAAAGAAAAAGAAUUAAAUUUCAUAUAGAAGAGAAUGGAAAGUAAAGAAUUUUUAUCACGAAAAACAGCAUGAAAAUCCUUUCCUCGUUAUCACUGACAAGGAAUUUUAACCAUAAAAGUUACUUCUGUAACGGAUGAAUAAAUUUUCAGUUAUAAAUAAUUUAAUUAUUAAUGAAAAAUUGGAUGAGAUAAGACAACAUAACACUUGGACGAUCUCCAGUAGGAUUUUCUAGAGAAAAUAGUUCUUAUUUAGGUGUUAGAUACAUGAAGAAAACCAGGAAAACUUGUGAUCAGCCCGGUGGUUGGAUGAGAAUCCACAAUAAGUGUUCAGUGGCUUUAUUCAUUCGGCUAGUUAUUAACUAAGAUUUUGCUCUGAGGGUAAUCAGGGAGGAUGACUUUAAAAGUACAGUCAGAAUGAAGAAAAAUUAAGAUGCAUUUCCGAUACAUCUAGAAGAAAACGUCGUAAAUAAACUCUGAUCUUUCUUCUUGAACAACACACAAUCACGUAAUAUAAGCAAGCGAUCGAUAACCGAACAUUUUUUUUUCUUAUAAGAAAUGAAAUAAUGGAUUGAUAUUGAGUUAUCCAUUAAUAAAAUGUAAUUUUAGAUUUGUUCUUUAAGACGAUGUUGUUAUUUUAGUUUUAUUGCUAAAGCCUCUUGGGAGGAAUCCAAUGCCCACAUCACCCCUAUAAGUUCGCUACAGUGAAGGGCAUAGACGUAAGAUUUUAGAAAUUAUGAAAGUACUCAUUAUCUGAAGAUAAAAAUAAUAUAAAAUAUUCUAAUUAUUUUCUCCUCUAUAGAAACAUGACAUUUUUAAUUCUAUUUUAAAUUUAUUUAAUUUAAAAUAUCUAUCUUCGUGGUGCCCCUAUACUGUACAUCGUACUUUUUCUGAUAACAACAGAUGAUGAUGCCAGUCAUCUAUCUACUCCGUUCUCGACAUUAAAGAAGGACAGACAGUAGACAGACUGACGAACUCCAGUGGAGGUUAUAGAUCUGCAAUUUUAAUUAAUAAGCCAAUGUUAACCAAUAGAGAUUCCAGCCAGUAAAAUGGCAUUGAAUCGAUGCCAUUUUAUUGGCUAUAAUCUCUUUUCUCAAAUCUUAUAUUUCUGAUUACACUUCCCUGAAUAUCUUCUCCUCAUCUUAUUUUCAUAUUACAAUUUUAUAACAGAAAAAUAAAGCUUAAAUUUGGUUUCAUUAGAAUAAUCUAAGAAAAAAUGUUUCACUGUCAUACUAUCAGUAAUUAUUUCCAAACUACAGUGUGUUAUCCGAGUAAAAAGAAUGAAAAUCUUUGGAAAAUAAUUGUCUACGAAAAUUUCAGAUGACUUUAUAUAUAUCUUGAGUCAAUUUCUAGUGCAGUUUUCCUAUCAGCAAAUGCUCUCAUUGCCGUAGACCGGUGGACCCAAAGUAAAGUCCCCGGGCCGCGAUUACAUUUGACACGUUUUGUUUAUGUAAUACAUAUUUGUGGCUUGCCUACUUACGUGCAAUUUGGCCCGUCAAUCGAAAAGUUUGGCCACUAGAUAAUGUUUCAUUUGAAUGAUGAAGUGAAGCAUCUACAACUCUGGAUUGUAUUAUCCAUUAGACAAAACAAGCACAUUGUAUUGAGCAUACGAAGAGUUUUGUGACUUGAAAUGAAAUUUAUCUGAAAAUUUGAAAUGCAAAUGAACAAAUCAACAAUCAUUGUUUUAUGAAUGAAAUAAAUAAUACACAUUUAGGAACUUGUCGACACAUCUUAUAUGAAGUAAGCUCUAUCUCCUGUUUGCAACAGAUCCUUAAACGAAAUAUGUACCUUUUUCAGUGACUACCUUCUCAUUCAAGGAAAUUUAAGUUUUAAUAUGGUCCAUUUUUUUCGUAAUCAGAUUGAUUAGCUACUUAACAAUUCACUCACGAGUCAGAAUUCAGAUAUGAAUGGCACAUAAAGUUAAAAUGAAGAAGAAUUUGUGUAUCUUGGGCUGUAUAUUCAUUCAAUGCUAAGUAAACGACUAAUUUAUUAUUGAAAAUAUCAACCCCUAUUCAUGAAAACCAUUUGUUUAAUUAAACGAUGAAUUCGCACAUUUUAUACUGUCUGAGAGAACUAUCAAACAGUGCACUGUUAGUUAAGGGUCUACCAUGAUACACAGUUUCUGUUUUUAGUUCAUUUAUCUUGCAUUAGUUGUUCAAUUACCAAUUGCAAUCCAUCUUUUUCUACUUUGGAAAAAAUGACGACAUUGAAGCUUUUAGAAGGUAAGGUUUGAAGGAACAAAAACAUGCGAACAAAAUCUAAACUCAGAGGUCACUUAACACAUAAUUCUCUUCUGACCAGAUCGAAGUUACAAUUCAAUUUUUAGUAUAGGUCGACUAUCACUAAUACGGCAUCCUCGAGACCUGCAGUAUGCUGGAUUAGUGAUAUUGCCGGAUGACAGAGUGGAUUAGGUUAGAAUACACUUAAUCCUGACGCGCAACAGUGUUUAUGUAGCAAGUAGUGCCAGCUGCACAUCGAACAGUAGUGAGGCAAUCUGAAAAUUUGAGAUUACAUUAGCCGAAAUUAAUGCCUGAUUAGUGAUUGCUGGGUCAGUGAUCACUCUCAAUGAUCCUGCAUCUGUAUCAGUGCCAGUAUCAACUCAGCUCAACACUGUCUCAUUAAAGAAAAUCUAUUUUAAUUUUUUUUUGUUUCAUUUUAAAUGUAUACUAGAAUGAAACCACCUCUGGAAAAUAUUACGUUUUUUGCAUAGAUUCCAGUUUAUUAAGUCCUCCCCACUCAAAAUACGACACAUGUACUGUACAUGUGAGGCUCCGGAAGUGGAUCGAAAUUCGUGCACGAAAAAUAUUUUAAUUUCGAAUGAAAAAAAAAAUUAUAAUUAUAAUGAUUAUUUUAUAUUGUAAAAAGAAACCAUCAAACGCAAAAUGAAUAUUUUAUCUCCAUAUAAGGACAUAUCUGUAAAAAUUUCUAAGAAAAUCGAACUACUCAGGUUAAAACAAUGGAUGAAUUUGAGUACUUAGAUCGAACGUCUUCGAUAGGAAUCAAAUUGUCAAUCGGAGUUGACUCACCCCACGAUCUGGGCACCGAUCUCGUUACAAUUCGUAACGAGGAGGGGGACCAAUUAGAGAGAGGGGGUAGAUCGGAAUCGACCUAUCGAAAUGUUCGAUCUGGAACCCAGAAAAAACUUAUAAAAACCGCGCAAAAAAUUGUGACGUUCUUGGUUCUAAGUUCGGUGUGCUCCGCUUCUGGAUUAUUCCUGCGGUUCAACAACGGGAAUUUGGUCGUCGUUCCGAAAGAAGUUUUCCCCAUCCCGUUCCAGCAAGUUUCGCCAAGGGUAAUCUGCUACGAUAAUCAUCAUUUCAAGUUGUGCUGUGCGCCCCGGAGCCGACGUUUUCUUCAUCAUCUUCGCCAAAAGGAGAGAAGAUCGUAGAAAAGAUUGAACUUUAUUUACAAACUGAUUCACUCUACGGAUAGGCCUUACGCCGAAGAAAAACAGUAGUUGUAAGCGAAAUUUUUAUAUUUAAUAAAUAGUUUGCGAUGGAGGACCUGUCUCAGUAAGUUUUUUCACUCCC